AUGGAAGGAUUUACAUUGGUAAAGCAAGGAGCGGAGGCAAGAUUAUUUAUUGGAGAUUAUCUAGGAAAACGAGCUAUUGCCAAAGAGCGGUUUGAAAAGAAAUACAGGGUGAGGGCAUUGGAUACUCAGCUUACUAAGGAGCGAAUAAAGGCUGAAUGUAGAGCAAUAGUUAAGUGCAAGGCAGCGGGAAUUUUAACACCGACGUUAUAUUUAGCGGACAUGAAAAGAAAAAUCAUAUUUAUGGAAUAUUUAGAACACAGUAUGACAGCCAAGGAUUUUGUUGAAUCAACUGGCUUAAGCGAUAUUACUAAAGAUUUUUCCAUUAAAUUGGGCAAUAUUUUGGCAAGACUUCAUAGUAAUAAUAUUGUUCAUGGAGAUUUAACUUCAUCAAAUAUAUUGUUAGUCAACAAAAAUAAUAUUAGUGCAUUUGAGGUUCUAGAGAAUUUUAAUAUUGCCCUUAUUGAUUUUGGAUUGGCUAGUACUGAUGCCAGUACAGAAGAUAAAGGGGUGGACCUAUAUGUUCUUGAAAGGGCUUUGUUAAGUACACAUGAAGCUGCAGAGUUUAUGUUUCUUCAUAUUCUUGAAGGUUAUAAGGCAUAUUAUGCCAGUAUAAAAAAGAUGCACAAUUAUAAGGAGGUGUUUUUAAAAUAUGAGGAUGUUAGAGCAAGGGGCAGAAAAAGAACAAUGAUUGGUUAA